UAUGUAUGUACUUAUUUACUUGAGUAAUGUCUAGUGAUUCUGUGCAUGAUUUCCGAACAUGAGAGGACUCGGAGCUGCUAGCUACCGCCCCCACCAAUUCCCAAAACGCCGUGAAAUCGACGCCCGCGUUUCUGUCCUCCCCUUCUCCACCGAGGCCCAACUCAAUUCUUCGCCUAAGCCGCCGCCGCCGCCAAAACCAAUUUCGGAUUCCUCAUCUCCCAUUCUCCGAUUAGUCUCACUUCUCCGAGAAACCGGCCCGGAUGAUUGGAGGACCAAUUCUCAACUCCAUGAAUUCUUCCACUCUUCUCCAUCUCCAAACUCCGUCCUCCAGAUCGCCCGUCAAUUGGGCUCAGCUGAGAAGGCGCAGCAGUUCUUCGACUUCUUCAAGGCCCAAACUUCACCUUCUUCGCCUGACUCAUUCUCUCUUUCCCUAGCAUUCCAAGCCAUUAUCGAGCACUCAAUACGGGAGACUCGGUGCUCGCCCACUAAGCUCUACGAGCUCUUUUGCUCAGCCAAACAACAGAAUAUCUCUCUGUCUAUCAAUGCGGCGAUGAUGCUGAUUCGAUGCUUCGUGGAAGCCCGAAUGUUCGAGGAAUCUCUAUCUGUCUUCUACCAGCUUGGCCCAGAAUCGAAGAACAUGAACGUGGUAAAUAGGCUUUUGGAUGCGUUGGUUCGAGGGGGUCGUCUUGAUGGUGCAUUGAAGAUGCUCGACGAAAUGCUCCAACCAGAUAUGCGUUUCCCGCCAAAUGAGAAUACCAUGGAAAUUUUCUUGUCUGCAAUUUGGAGAAGUGACUGGAGAGGGAUGAGUGUGAGGGAGGGAGAAAUUUCCGGGCUUGUUUCAAGAUUUGGAGAACAUGGGCUGUUCCCAAAUGAUAUCUGGCUAUCUAAAUUGAUCACCAAGUUUUGCCGGAGUGGUAGAUGUGAUAUAGCUUGGGACCUUUUGCACCAUAUGAUUAGGUCAGGUUGUCAAGUCAAAACUGGUUCUUGCAACGCCCUUUUGGCCGCGCUUGGUAGGGAGCAUGAUUUUCUGAAGAUGAAUAUGCUAACAAAUGAGAUGAAGGAAAAGGGAAUUGCACCAAAUGUGGUAACGUUUGGAAUUCUUAUUAAUCAUUUAUGCAAGCUUCAUAGGGUUGAUGAGGCAUUGCAGGUGUUUGAGAAGAUGAGGGGUGCUAGUGAGGGCAUUUCUAUUGAGCGUGAUACUGUCAUUUAUAAUACUUUGAUUGAUGGCCUGUGCAAAGUUGGGAGGCAAGAAGAAGGAGUGGGGCUGAUGGAAAAGAUGAGGUUGGAGAAGGGAUGUACACCUAAUACUGUUACCUUUAAUUGCUUGAUUGAUGGAUUCUGCAAAGCAGGAGAGAUUGAGAGAUCAAUUAAGCUUUUUUAUCAGAUGACCGAGGAUGGAAUAGUGCCAAACAUAAUUACUGUUAAUACUUUGCUUGAUGGUAUGUGUAAGCAUGGAAGGGUUGGUAGUGCAAUGGAAUUCUUCACUGAAAUGCAAGAGAAAGGUCUCAAAGGGAAUGCCAUUAGUUAUAGCAUUCUUAUUACUGCUUUUUGCAGUGCAAACAAUAUUGAAAAGGCAGUUAAAUUAUUUAGUGAAAUGACAGAAAGUGGAUGUUAUGCAGAUGCAGUUGUAUACUACAGCUUGAUAUCAGGGCUAAGCCAGGCUGGAAGGAUGGAUGAUGCUUGCCUUGUUUUAUCAAGGAUGAAAGAAGCUGGAUUUUUCUUGGACGUAACUGGCUAUAAUAUUCUCAUUGGUGGAUUUUGCAGGAGGAAUAAAUGGGAAAAAGUUCAUGAAUUGCUUCAAGAGAUGGAACAAGCGGGCAUCAACCCUGACUGUGUUACAUACAAUACAUUGAUAUCAUUCUUCAGUAAGAAGGGGGAAUUUGCAAGGGCCCACAGGUUGCUGAAGAAGAUGGUUGGUGAUGGUAUGGUGCCUACAGUUAUCACUUAUGGAGCAUUAAUUCAUGCAUAUUGUGUGGCGGGUAAACUUGAUGAAGCUAUGAAACUAUUUGAGACUAUGCAUUGUAGCUCAAAACUGUCACCCAAUACAGCGAUAUACAAUUCUUUGAUUGAGUCUCUCUGUAAGAGUGACAAAGUUGAAGAUGCACUUUCCUUAAUGAAUGAUAUGAAGGACAAGGGGGUUAGGCCAAAUACAACAACAUAUAAUUCGAUCUUCAAAGGUCUCCAGGAGAGGAAUUGGUUUGAGAGGGCUUUUGAAGUAAUGGAUGAAAUGACUGCAAACCUCUGCAAUCCUGAUUAUGUUACCAUGGAAAUCCUCACUGGAUGGCUCUCUGCUAUUGGUCAAAGUGAGAAGUUGCAAAGUUUUGUCCAAGGAUAUCAGGUUUCUGCUUAACUAAUAUGCGAAUUCUCUGAUCUGUACAUACCAAUCAAUUCACGAUUUGUGUGAUGGCUAUUCGAUUUAUGAGCGUGCAGACUUCUAGAGACGUCAUUCUGAACUGAGACCGGACCUAAUUCGGUUUUCAAGCUUAAAAUUAUUCAACAUGUUAUUUAAUGGCCAGAUAAGUUUUAUUAGAUCGUUUGGGCCAAUUGAUGUGCUUGUAGACAUACAGGAAUCGUAUCUUUCAACUGUACUUGGUUAGCAGUACAAGUUGAUAUAAUGGCUAGCUCCAUGAAAGUUGCAUGCAUGGAGAACCUAUAGUCAGGAGUAGCUAGCAAUUUUUGUUUUAAAACAUAAACAGAGUACAUUGUUUUUAAAUUAAAGUACGUCUUUCUUGUUGUCUACUUCAUUGCACAUUUCUAAUUCAUAAGUUAGUCAGUUACCCUAGAAUAUGCACUAUUUAUUCCUUGUCUUUGGUUAGGCAAUUUGGAUUUUUCCCAUUUCUUACCAGUUCAAGCAUUUAAAAUGCACAGCUUGUAAGUCCCAGCAAGUUCAAUGUACUAUCCCCCUUCUCAAGUCA